AACCUCACGGCCACACCAAGAUGGUUCCGAAGAACAAAGCCUACAGAAUCACCAAAGACCUUCAAAAGGAGUGUUGGUCGAUCGGAACAAAGCAUACAGGUUCCGAUCGAUUUACAGGUAGAUCUUGCUCUAUUCAUCCUACAUCGAAGAACUUGUUACGCAAUGUGAAGAGGAAGACAUGAAGCAUAGCCCGUUGAAGGAAAGUUUUAUCCAAGAAUUAAAGGCCUGUUUAGAAAAGAACUUAAAACUCAGCCCAGCAAGCCCAUCACCAAGAAAAGAACUUAAAACUCAGCCCAGCAAGCCCAUCACCAACCAUAAUUUGCUUCCUGUUGGAGAUGGGUCUAGAAACUCUGCGGACAGUGGACUGAAGAACGCUGCUUCUCUCUCCUCUCUCUCUCUCUCUAUUGCAAAUAGCAGAAGAACAACAAAACAUAACAAAGAGACGAAUUUGAAGUAAGAAAUGGCGCUGCUGAUGGAAAAGGGAUCCCAACCCCAAACCGAAAGUGAAAAGGCCGACCUUGACGCCAUCGCCGCCCUCAAAGAAAGCGCUGCCAUUGAACUCAAGGAAAAGGGGAACGAGUGUGUGAAGAAGGGUAAAAAGCAUUUCUCUGAAGCCAUAGAUUGCUACACGAGGGCAAUCAAUCAGCAAGCUUUGAACGAUUCCGACACCUCAAUUCUCUUUUCGAAUCGAGCCCAUGUCAAUCUUUUGCUCGGUAACUACAGGCGCGCUCUUACUGAUGCCGAGGAAGCGAUCAAGCUCUGCCCCACUAAUCUCAAGGCUUUGUACCGAGCUGCGAAAGCGUCUUUUUCGUUGAACUUGUUGCCUGAAUCAACAUCACAUUGCGAAAACGGGCUUAAACAUGACCCGGGUAACGAGGAGCUGAAGAAGCUGUUGAGGCAGAUUGAAUCGAAGAAGAUGGAACAUGAGCAGCGUGAGGCUCAAGUUUCCAAGGCUAUUGCAGAGGCGAAGGACCUUGUUUCCGCAAUUGAAAAUCGACGCAUGAAGCUUGGGAAGGCAAUGUAUCGAGAACUUACCGGAUUACGAAAGCCUGUACUAGACAAGAAUAACAUGCUUCAUUGGCCAGUUCUUCUGCUGUAUGCAGAGGUUAUGUCCAGUGACUUCAUUGAGGAUUUCUGUGAGACCGACAUGUUGUCAGCUCAUCUCGACAUGAUGUUUUCAGAUAGCUGCCCGCCUUUGUCAUGGGAUCAGGAACACAAUUACACUCGUGAUGCUAUUGAGUUAUACUACGAAGCUGGUUCAGGAGUUUCUCUGUCGAAGACAGAGAUCCUCCGUUGUCUCCUAGAGGGCACUCCGGCUUCUAAUGUGGAAAGCAUCAAUGACGAGCAAAAGGAUGCCAAUGAGAAUUCUAAUGGUGGCAGCUCAGCAGGAAAAGGUUCCUCUAAAUGGGUCAAAGUAAACGAAAAGAGAACACUUAAUGACGUUCUGAAAGAACCUAACUUCAUCGUUCCAGGGAUCCCAGUGUUUUAUGUUGUUUCUAAACGCUCCAGCUUCUAUAAAGAGUUCAAAGCCGGGAACUGGGCUCCUCCAUCUUGAGUAGGCCACACCGUUGCGUCUCAUCCACCUCGAGCUGCCGGUUGGUUGUCUCUUGAAGAUGGGUGAUGUUUGUUACGAGUUAAAGUUGGUCAUUUUUUGGUAUUACAAAGAGUCAUACAACUGACGUAGCCUUCCAAAUGUUUUGUUGUUGGUCAAGGUAGUGCUUGUACCAAAAACAUGAAAAUUCUAAGGGUUGUUUUAUUGACACCCUACAUUUUGUUGAUUACACCCCGUUACUGACAACACUGCGUAUUUACUUUUUAAAUUAAAAAUUAUCUUAAACGCUCAA